AUGAUACAAUUAGUCAACAGCAAUCAAGUAUCUACUUGUAAUUAUAAGUUUAUCGAUUUAAGUUUUUCUUCUCUAGUUAUAUUAAUAAAAAGAGCCGGUUUUAAUGUAACUGAUGGCGAAUUAUCUGAUUUAGUUUCUGAUCAAGAUGUAAACUCCGAUGACAAAGUCGAUAUUGAUGGUAUUAUUAGUAUUAUUAAUCAUCUUUCUGAUCGGCGACCUGUUCCAGUUAUAUUGGAUACACCUGAUGAACAAGAAAUAAAUCGAAGCAAAAUUGAAUUGCUCAAAAGAGUACAUCAAUUAACAAAUCAAGGUGUUGCAGCCGAUAAGGCAAUGUACGAAAGUUUAUGUAUUCAAAUUGGUCUUUCACCAAAUGAUGAUACUUAA